AUGACAACAGAGAAGGCUUUGGCUGGGGAGAUGAAGAGCGCAAUGGAGGGUGACGCCAGGAGAACCAAUCAGGUUCCAGAAGAUCAUGGGGAUAUGGAUGAUAGCUCCGAGAAGACCCCUAGCAAGGCCUCCAAAUCCCCCCAGAAGACCACCAAACGGCCCAAGACUGUCCCUGUCAAAGUGAAUUUACUUGACGGCUCAGACUAUGACACAUCAGUUGAGAAAUUUGCCAAGGGACAGACCCUGCUGGACAUGGUGUGUGGCCAUCUGAACCUGCUGGAGAGGGACUACUUUGGCCUGACUUUCUACGACACGGACAAUACCAAGAAUUGGUUGGAUCCCUCCAAAGAGAUUAAGAAGCAAAUUCGGAUUGGCUCCUGGAAUUUGGGAUUUUCUGUUAAGUUCUACCCCCCGGACCCAUCUGUGCUCAUUGAAGACAUCACCAGAUACUACCUGUGCCUGCAGUUGAGGGACGACAUCCUGUCCGGCCGUCUGCCAUGCUCAUUUGUCACCCAUGCCCUUUUGGGCUCCUACACUGUCCAGGCUGAAUUGGGAGACUAUGAGCCUGAGGAACAUGGUCCUGACUAUGUCAACGACUUCCGCUUUGCCCCUAACCAGACACGUGAGCUGGAGGAGAGGGUGAUGGAGCUGCACCGUAACUACAGGGGAAUGAGUCCAGCAGACGCAGAGGUGAACUUUCUAGAAAAUGCUAAGAAGCUCUCGAUGUAUGGAGUGGACCUGCAUCAUGCUAAGGAUUCAGAGGGAAUUGACAUAAUGCUUGGUGUGAGCGCCAACGGUCUGCUCAUCUACCGAGACCGUCUAAGGAUCAAUCGGUUCGCCUGGCCAAAGAUCCUCAAGAUCUCCUAUAAAAGAAGCAAUUUCUACAUCAAGAUUCGCCCUGGAGAGUAUGAACAGUUUGAGAGCACCAUAGGCUUCAAGCUGCCCAACCAUCGGGCCUCGAAGCGAUUGUGGAAGGUCUGCAUUGAGCACCACACCUUCUUCAGGUUGGUUUCCCCAGAGCCGCCUCCCAAGGGUUUCCUGGUGAUUGGCUCCAAGUUCCGCUAUAGUGGGCGGACCCAAGCCCAGACCAGACAGGCGAGUGCUCUGAUUGACAGGCCUGCUCCACAGUUUGACCGCUCUGUUAGCAAGAGGUACUUGCUGCCCCGAAGUAUUGAUGGAGCUUCAGCUCUAGGCGACAGUAUGGAUCAGCUGUCGCAGCGAAGCUCCAGUGAACACACACAGUUCAUGUCCAGAGAAGACCUGGACCAAGAAGGCAGCCUAGAUCUGGAGCACGAUCACUACCACUAUCAGGACCAUGACCAAGACCAGGACCAUUACACAGACCAGGAGCUGGAGAUGCAUGAGCGAGGUCAUGAUCAAAGGCAUACUCGGGGUGCCAACAUCUCAACGCCUACCAAGAUGCUGGAGCUCAAGGGUGAGGAGGCAGGCUCGCCUGUAGACUCUAAACCGGAGGAUCUGGCCACCCCUCGGCCCAAACAGGAGCAGUUCUUGGAUAAGCCAGAGGAUGUUCUACAGAAGCACCAGGCCAGCAUCAACGAGCUGAAGAGGGCUUUGAGACAGCCUAAUAGCAAGAUGGCCCAGAGGGAGAAACGCCUUUCUUCAGCUACUCCUCCUGGAGGAACGCCCGAGCGAAAAUCAGCGACCGGUGAUGCCAAAUUGAUUGACAAGCAGGAUGCUUAUGAAGGAGUGCUGGAGAGUAAGACCUCUCCUAUGGGUAGAGACACAUUCACAGUAACAUCUGGGAGUGGAGCAAGUAUGAACAGUUGUCAAACAUCGUGGGAUUCAUUGAGAACUCAAACUGCAACAUCUCCAAAACAGGAAACAGACUUCCUGACAGAUAUGGACAAUACAAUGGCGCUUAACGGCCACCAUGAUUCUGUAUCAGCAAGCUAUUCUAUUCAAGAAAAUGGAUACGGCUCUCCACAUGAUAAACAGAGGAGUGUAAUGAACAACAGAGAUGUGAGGCAUAGUCAGUAUGAGCACAAUAUUCAUCAGGAGAGACUGAAAAACUUUGAAACUCCUGUAUCUGCGGAUUCUCUCCCAAAGGGCAACAGGGGCAGAAUUGAAAGUGACGUGAAGCAUCGCGAGACGUGGAAAAUAAAAGACUCAAGCCCCAAGGGAGACAAAGAUUGCAACAAAACUGGGAGCUCACACUCGGAAGUCACCAGAAUAGUUCCUCUCAAGCCUCAGAGAUCAAAGAAAUCUUUGAGUAAAGAGAACAAAGGUGUUGUAAACCCUCAAACUCAAAGCCAGUCCGAUAGAGGUGUCUUCAGUGCGACUGGGGAUGUGCAGAUGACAAAAUCAAAAGAUGGAUCCUGUGAGACAGGAAGGAGAGUGGAUGGUAAUGCUGUGCUGAAAUCUUCCACAGAUGUUGUCAAAGAAAACGCAUCGGCCUCCAAAUACCGCAGUGAUGCUGCGAUGUCAUAUCAGCAGAUUAAGAGCGAGAUUUUUGGACAACAAGAGCUCACAGACUUCAGGGAUACAACAGGGCAAAGUCAGUGGACAAGAGGAGACAUGCGACAUGAAGAUAAUUUUCAUGAGAGUCUCUACUCUAGCUCCAAACUCCCCACAGCUCCCCCUCGGACUCUUCCUUUGAAAACACAGUGGUCCCGAGACAGACAGAGCAACAUGGACAGCAGCCACAUCCACCACAGGACGUCCAGCCAAGAAACGACCAAGAGGAAGCAAGCGGAGACACCUCCCACUCCUUCUAUUCAUGAGGAGCCUUUCAACGAAGCAUCAAGGGAACCAUGGGAGAGACGUCUGGGCUCUGUCUCUGAGGAUGACCAGGACCAUGAUAUCCCAUACCUGAAGGAGACCCACCUGGGCAUCGAACGCAAAUGUUCCAGCAUCACAGUCAGUUCUACAUCCAGUCUGGAGGCAGAAGUAGAUUUUACCGUCCUCACGGACCUGCAAACGGGCAUGGAGGAGUUCUCCAGGGGCAUGACAGAGCUAGGAGAGCGGGACCUAUCACCUGAUGGGGGUCUGUGCUUUGGAAUUGAUUUUCUCCCGCAACAGGGCCCCCCUGAACCUCCACCUCCACUAGUGUCAGCUCCCCUGUCCAGAGGGGCCACUAGCAGCCCCCCGGCUAAACAAAUCCAGGCUGAAGACGUCCGACCAGAGGUCAAGCGGCCUGAUGUGCAGGUAGAGACAAAGUUCUGUGUUAUAUCAAGUCCUGUUGUACCCAAAAAACCAAAGAGGUCAGUGCCAGUGUCAUCGUCUGUGGACAGAGAGCAGUCGUACAGGGAACACAGUCAUGUCGCUACCAUCCCACCUCUGAGCAGGGAGGCCAGUGAUGUCAUUAUCACGCCAACAGUGAGGAAGACGGAUGUCAGGACGGAGACCCAGCCCAAUGGGUCAGAGGUCACCACAACCAUUGUGGAAUUCACGGAUCAGGAUCACGGCAUUGCUGGCCUUAGUGAGGUUUCUUACUCUACGAGGCAGAGUGUAUCCCCUGUGCAUAUGGGCAGUCUUGGAAGAGAGGCAUCAGGGUCACCCAUUCUUGUCACUGAAAACGUUACCUCAGCAACCACACACGUCACCAAGACGGUGAAAGGAGGAUAUUCAGAGACCAGGAUCGAGAAGAGGAUCAUAAUCACAGGAGAUGAUGAUGUAGACCAGGAACAGGCUCUGGCUAUUGCAAUACAGGAAGCCAAGCAGCAGCAUCCAGACAUGCAGGUGACCAAGGCAGUUGUUGUCAGGGAAACAGAAUCAUCCACUGAGGAUCGACACGCCACAUCAGAGGUACAGGUGCCAUCUUGA